GAGGUAUAGAUGCGGAAGUGAUGUAGCGGAAGGGGCGGGGCUUAGCGUGUGACUGUCAGCGCUGUUUAUUAUGGCGAGGAUAAGGGAGAGCGGCGUGCCAUGAUUGACAGCUCUAUCCCCAAGUGUGAACUGAAUGAUGUGACAAGUGCUGCUAAAGAGAUGUCUCAAGAUAAUCCUCAGCCAAAGAAGAGCACAGUGGGAAGCCAAGAUAGAUCAUCAUCCCGAGAGAAAAAGUCACUGUAUUCAAACAUUGGACUCCACACAGAAAAUAGAAACAGACAGACGGCAACACAGUUAAUUCCAAUUGUAGACACUUGUAGAAUUGAAACCACUCUUGCACAAAUUGGAGAAAAUAAAGUGGUUAACACCUCAAGAAAAGCAGCAGUAGGACAUAGGAACAUCAAAAGGCGAGCUAAUGAGGACAACGAUAUAUCUGAUUUUGAGAGGGAACUAAUGAAUGAAAAACAUCACAGGAAAAAGAAACCUCUGGACCCUAGACAUCGCCUCAGAAAUGCAAAAUUUACUGCACAGGAAAACUUGGUCCUUGUGGAGAAUCUAAUACCGGUUUUUCAUAAACUCGCUGGCAACAACUUGGCCACCACAGAUCCUGCCUGGAAGCAUGCAGCCUGGCUAAAAAUCACUGCUGCAGUCAAUAGCUUGGGUGUUUAUCCUAGGCACCACGAACAUGUCAAAAAAAGAUUUCAUGACAUUAAAUUUGCUUUGAGAAAGAAAAUGUCAGAUGAACAGCAAAGCAGGAGAUCAGGUGUUGGUAUACUAGGAAAUAAAAUAUUCUAUCAUGACUAUGAGGAAUUGCUAAAACCAUAUAUUUAUAAGGAAUCAUUUAUUGGAAUAGACGGAGGCUAUGAUUCCUCAAAACAUAUUAAAGAGCAACCUGGAACAUUACUGUUGUACUCCGAAAACUCAAGUGAGAGUGGACUUUCUGUAACUGGUCAGGGGUUAGAUCUGGACACAGAUGAAGAUGACAACACCACAAACAUGGAUGCCCCCAUAACUUUUUAUCAACAGCACUCUUCUCACUCUCUAGUUGGUAACUCCUCUGCAGCAGAACCUUUUACUAACUGUGCUAACUCUGUUGCAACAGAAAGUGCUGGAGUAUCUGAUUCUGAUGUUACAGAUACUGCUGUUCCUCCAGCUCCUCCAUUACACAGACAUACAGUAUAUGGUACAAGAAAUAUGGAUCAUCAGCAGUAUGUGUUUGAUGUUCCACAAAGUGAAAGAUUGCAGGACAAAAAAAAAGCCAUCGCAAAUGUUUAAUGAGUAGACUUGACGUUUUAAACAAUCACCUCGCCAAAUUUAAUGGCUUGUAUGAGCAACAAAUUGCAACCACUCAGAUCUAUAGACAGCAACAAUUAAAUUUCAUGUGUAGACAAAAUGAACUGCUCACAGAACAGUUAUCUAAGUUGGACUCAUUAGCCACUCUACUUGGUGAAAGGAACAACAGCAGCAACAUCUGAAAUACUAAAGUCUAACAAAAAACGAAUUAACUUAUGUUAUUAAUGUUUUGUUAACCUUUCCAAUGAAAGUUAAUGCACAUUGCUUGUAUAGGAGCUGUUUUUGUAUUGAUUCUUGUUCAUUUUAAUUGCAUAACAUUAUAUUAAUAUAAUAAAUUGUUUACAGCAAUAUUUAAGGUGAAUGAUGUGGGCUCACUGUUCUUAGGCCCAUAGUACAGAAAAUCCUAACAUAUCUUCAGGGGACAUUGAAUUCCAAAAAUGUGUUUCUUUUGUGCUAAACUAGUAACUAUUCGCCAAAUAUGAAACAACACAAUUUCCCAUCUAGUAGGAAGUUGCUGAGGGAAGGAGAAAGGGAGGGAAGGAGGUCCGCCCUCAACCGCAAAAAUGUUGGCAACUGUUUGUGUAAAUAGAGAAAUCCAGGUAUUAGGUGUCACAGUGCGCUCUAAGGAUUACCUUAAGGUGCUUACACUAUGGAUCGCAGGGCAACCUUAGAAUGUGGGUUAGGUCAUGAUUUUACUGCUACUCGGACACCACACACAGAUUAUCAUUACUUUCCUUUUCUACACUAAAUGUGAUAAGUAACAAUACAAAAAGAAGGGCAUAGAUCUUAAUUCGUUUUCUGCAUAGCAGUUAAUGCUGCCAUGGAUAUAGAUGUGCACAGUAUUAUUCAGUUUGUGUUUAUUCGAUUACAUGCCCUUAGCACGUAAUUAUAGUUUUCUUAUAAUUUGUAUUUGCAAUAACAGGUACUUUAUCCUUUUACGCAUACAAUUUCUGUUGGCCAUUGUGACUUUUUUUUUAAAAAGUUGAUGGCUACCCAUUGUAAUUCUGUAUUUUACUUCAGACUGGGGUUGGUGUUUAAGCUUGGAUAUGCAACAUGUAUCGGGCCACUCUUCGUCUUAACCUGCUCGUCUGCCUUUUUCUUGAUAUUUUUUUAAUAAAUAAAAUAAAAAACGACAGGGCAUGAGAAUUCACGUAAGCUCAUGCAUUAUUAGUAAGCAUAGCAAUUACAUGUGUAACAAAGUCAUCUUUUUAAAGACAAUGCUAAAUUAUAUGCUCAUGUAAGGUUAGUAGUUUACAAUGGGCUGCAUAGCUUCACUUGAUAUCUGCUAAUAUGAACACUUUUUACUCUUAUUUAAAAUAGUUCAGAUCUGUGCACAAAACACCAUACAAUGGGGACACUAUUUCUUAAUAUUCUAUAUAAUAAGUUGGAAUAGAUACUUUAAUUUUUGCACUAAGCAAUGGGUUCAUAGUCUUUUUAAAGUAAACCAAUUCUUUGCUUAUUCAGGGCAAGGAAACAGGCUAAAUUUAAUCCCUCCUCCUCAACAGCACAUUUCCAGCUGGGAAAAGAGGCACCACCUUGUGUAAAGUUGUAGCUUAAAUACGACUAUGGACAUGUGUGAUAGUGUUGACUGAACCAACACAGUCACAUAUAGUGGGUCACAUGCUUUGCCAUACCUGAAAAGCAUACGCUGCUGGAAGGGGAGAUUAGAAAAAAUUCUAUUUUCUUUAUCGUCUAUUGAGGGACCCAGAAACUCUUAGAAUUUUUAGACAGUCAGAUUGUACAGCCACCUACAGGAGAAAUGGACCGUGAUAACAAAAAAAUCUGUUGGCUAGUACAGGAUAACCCUGCCCACAACGCUUACAUUUUUUGUUAAUGUUCUCAGGAGAGUUCAUGUGUUUCCUUUCAACGCUUUGGAGCUUCGGACAAAUUGGCUGUUUCUGCAGUGUUGGACUGUCCUGUUGGAGGGUCACCUUAUCCAGGUUCAGUCAGACAAUGCUACGGUGGUCUCGUGCAUUAUCCAUUUGGGAGUGACUAGAAGUCUCACCAUAGCAGGAGAAGUAGAUUGAUUCCUGUCCUGAUCUGACCUUCCCGUUCUAUAUUUGUCUGCCAGGAGUACACAGACCAGGGAGCGGUCCCUACACUUGAAGUUCUGUCAAGACCUGUAUCCCUAAUAGGGGGCACCAGAUGUGGCUCUCCUCAUUUUUAGAUUCAACAGAUAGGUUUGUCCUCCAGGUAAGGGAUCCUCUAGUGCUAGCAGUAGAUGCUUCAGGGACUCUGUGGGAUCAGAAUACACAUCUUUUUCUUCAUUUGCUUUGGGUGAUAGAAAGAGCUUUCCAGUAAUCCUCAUUGCUCCGUGUAGAUCCAGGUACAUGCGAUAAA